ACGUGACAGGGGCGGCCCCCGCGGCGUGGCGCGGACCGGAAGCGGCGGAGCGCGAGGCCGGAAGUGGCGGAGACGGCGGCGGAGGACUCGUUGCGGAGGGGUGACGGCGGCUCAAGAUGUCGAUCGAAAUCGAGUCCUCCGACGUGAUCCGGCUGAUCAUGCAGUACCUGAAAGAGAACAGCCUCCACCGAGCCCUCGCCACCCUCCAGGAGGAAACGACUGUGUCCCUCAACACUGUGGACAGUAUUGAGAGCUUUGUGGCCGACAUCAACAGCGGGCAUUGGGACACAGUGCUGCAAGCCAUACAGUCGCUGAAGCUGCCUGACAAGACCCUUAUUGAUCUCUACGAGCAGGUUGUGCUGGAGUUGAUUGAGCUCCGGGAACUAGGUGCUGCCAGGUCUCUCCUGAGGCAAACAGAUCCCAUGAUCAUGCUAAAGCAAACUCAGCCAGAGCGGUACAUCCACCUUGAAAACCUUCUGGCCAGAUCUUACUUUGAUCCUCGUGAGGCGUACCCAGAUGGAAGUAGCAAAGAGAAGCGGAGAGCUGCUAUUGCACAAGCUUUGGCUGGAGAAGUCAGCGUGGUACCUCCAUCUCGUCUUAUGGCUUUGUUGGGGCAGGCACUGAAAUGGCAGCAGCAUCAGGGCUUGCUUCCUCCUGGUAUGACAAUUGACUUGUUCCGAGGCAAAGCAGCUGUGAAAGAUGUAGAAGAAGAAAAGUUCCCCACACAGCUGAGCAGACAUAUUAAGUUUGGGCAGAAGUCACAUGUGGAGUGUGCUCGGUUUUCCCCAGAUGGACAGUAUCUGGUGACUGGCUCUGUUGAUGGUUUCAUUGAAGUAUGGAACUUCACUACUGGAAAGAUUAGGAAGGAUCUGAAGUACCAGGCACAAGAUAAUUUUAUGAUGAUGGAUGAUGCAGUGUUGUGCAUGUGCUUCAGCAGAGAUACAGAAAUGCUAGCAACUGGAGCACAAGAUGGAAAGAUCAAGGUGUGGAAAAUCCAGAGUGGUCAGUGUCUGAGAAGAUUUGAACGAGCACACAGUAAAGGUGUUACAUGCCUCAGUUUCUCCAAAGACAGCAGCCAAAUUCUUAGUGCUUCUUUUGAUCAGACGAUCAGGAUUCAUGGUUUAAAAUCUGGGAAAACUUUAAAGGAAUUCCGUGGUCAUUCAUCCUUCGUCAAUGAAGCUACUUUUACCCAGGACGGCCACUAUAUUAUCAGUGCGUCCUCUGAUGGCACAGUGAAGGUUUGGAACGUGAAGACGACAGAGUGCUCAAACACCUUCAAAUCUCUUGGCAGCACUGCUGGGACAGACAUUACUGUGAACAGUGUCAUUCUGCUGCCUAAAAACCCAGAGCACUUCGUUGUUUGCAACAGAUCGAAUACAGUCGUCAUUAUGAAUAUGCAAGGACAAAUUGUAAGAAGUUUUAGCUCUGGUAAGAGAGAAGGUGGUGACUUUGUCUGCUGUGCGCUUUCACCUCGUGGUGAAUGGAUCUACUGCGUUGGUGAAGAUUUUGUGCUCUAUUGCUUUAGCACAGUGACCGGCAAGCUGGAGAGAACUCUGACUGUUCAUGAAAAAGAUGUCAUUGGCAUUGCUCAUCACCCCCACCAGAACCUGAUCGCCACUUACAGUGAAGAUGGCCUCCUCAAGCUCUGGAAGCCAUAGCUUGAUUUUACGAUGAGUGAUGAAGUGUGCCUGUUAGUUGCAGGUUAUUGAUGUUUGUGCUUUAACGAGGUCUAAAUGCACAGAGUCUGAUAUUUGCUCAAUUUUCAGUUCACGUUUCCAGAGAAUAACAUUUUUACUUCUUGAUCUAAGGUUAGGUAGAUUGAUGCUUAGACAUAGCAUCAGUUAAUUUCAGAUACUUUUAUUUUUACCAGAGUAGCUGAAGCAACUUCAGAGAGAGUGUUUUUUCCAUCUCCUGAAGUCUGUACUCCUCCUAUAGUGUCUAUGAAAGUUGAACAAGCUGGGAACUAUACACACUUACAAGUGGUUGCCGACUUCCUAGAAUACAGUAAAAUGCUUUUUUUAAAUUUGAGUGAAUUAUGUGGAAUGGGAAAGCUGUCUUUUCCUCACUGCUGAAACAAAUGCACAGUUUUCCUGGAACACAGAUGAGGCUGCUCUGUCCUCAGCUUGAAGGCAGAGGCUUUUAUAAUCCAAUGGGCUUUGCUGUGUUCAUUUUUCACCAUAAUUUUUCCAAUUACGCAUAAUAAGUAGUGUCACGCAGCUUCCUCAGAAUGAAACCAUUCUUCCCCAUCUCCCAGCACUUCCUGCUAUGAACCUGCCUAACGUGGCAAUGAGAUAUACUUGUUUUGGGGUUUUUGUUUGUUUGUUUGUUUUUGUGGGUUGGGAAGGGGGAUUGGUUUUUUGGUUUUAGGGUUUUGGUUUUGUUUUGGGGGGUGUGUGUGUGUUUUGUUUUUCUUUUGUUUUACAUUACUUCCAGGCUAAAAGGAAUUAUUACCUGGGCUCUCUUCCGAUAAAUGCAUAAUGUCUUCAGACCAGCUUUACCUGAAGCAGGCCUCAGGGGAUCAAUAUUUUAAAACAUGCAAAAGCAGGUUUACAUAGGCUGAGUUCCUAGUGCUGUGAUGCUGCACAUGCUGCAGUUGUUUUGUUUUUUUUUUUCCAGUUUACUCAGUUUGGCUUCCUAAUUUCCCAAAAGGGCAUGGCAUACUUGUAUGAAUUUUUUUUUUUUUUUAAAUGCUAUAUACCUGUGGACCUAGUUAAGGUGAUACUUAGGUCCCUCACUAUGAUAAAAAGAAACUUUCAUGCUCUUCAGUUUGGAGCAGAUGGUGAUUCCGUUUGAGAUCCUGACUAAUGCACACACUCUUGUGAACGUACAUCAGAAUAUUCUAAAGUCUGACCAUAGUUUUUCCAGGAUGCUGCAAAAAAUGAAGUUUUGUCCGUAAUAAUGAGAUAAAUGCAUGUAGAUUUGAAUCUGCCGUACUGUUUCCUGUCCUGAUCUCUUGUAGAAUGCUUUCCUGCCACAGUAGUCCUUCAAACAGUAAUAACUUCUCUUUGACUUAUUUAAUUAGUUCCAAUUUAAAUAACCUCACAUUUUUUUUCAGUGGAAGGGCUUGAUCUUAAUGCAAGUCUUGGUUGUCAGCUGCUGACAGAUCUCCUUCAGCACUGACCACUGACCGGUGCACUUCAUUGGUCUGUAUUCACAUCAGUCUAAGGAAAUGCAGAAACAUUUUAGCUUAACUUCUCACAUAGCACUGCGUGUUCCCCACAACUGUAGUGUUUAGUUCCAUGUUCAGCAGUAAUGUUUCAAUUCCUAAGUUGUUUUUACUUCCUUGGAUAUGGCAAAGUUAUUUUUUAGAUAGCAAAAAGUGAUUAUUUUUCCUGCCCAGGAAGACACCAGUGUAUCAGAAACAUCUGACAGUCAUACAUCCGACAAGCUCCAUUGGCUUUUGAUACAGGAGAAGAUCCUGACAAAAUAUAUUUAAUAUUAUCUAACUUGUGCUUCAUUUUGCCUUCAGAUUACACAGAACUGCUAAUCCUCAAUGUAAACUGUAUCUUACAUUGUUCUUUAAAAUAAAAGUAGUUGUAGCAAAUAAAACUGUCAGAAUCCUGAAGGUUUAAAGAUUGAAAUACAUUUGCUAGCUUUAAAAUGUGAGGAAAGUAUGACAUUUCUUAUCCAUUUAAAAGUUUCAGAGUUUAUCGUGUCAAGUACUGAAGACAAAAAAAUGAAAUGUACUAACACUUGUGAAAGAGCAAUGGUAAACUUUACCUCCUGGGCUGCAGCUGUAAUUUGUAAAAUAGCUGGCAGUUGGCACAAAAUUGCAAUGAUGAUCUUGAAAAUGUUAUAUUUUUUUUUUUAACGUAAAAUGUGCAUUUUUUUUUUAUUGUGAAUGUUAAUUUUUUAAUGUAAUCUAGGAAGACAUUUUCUGUCUGGAGAGUCAGCCAGAUGUUACGCCCCUUACUUGUAUGUAAGACUUGAACAAGGCAACAUCUAGUGUCUUAACUAAUAUUAAAGAAAGCAUAGUUCACCCGUG